UGGCGCCCAGCGUCGUGCGGGCGUUGAACGACAAGCUGUACGAGAAGAGGAAAGUGGCGGCCCUCGAGAUCGAGAAGAUUUUCUUCAAAAUCUGCAUCUGGAUCUAAAUCCUCUUCCUUACCAACAUGCUAAGUACCAGUAACCAGGAUGGACUUCAUCUGCUGUAAAGCUGAUACUCCAAAAGUCAUUUAUUAAUUAUGAUCAGCUAGUGUUAAGCAAGGAAAUAAUACACCUCCCACCUCGCUGGUGAAUGACUUUGUUGUCUCUGCAGCUGGUGCGAGAGUUUGUGGCUCAGAACAACACAUCUCAAAUCAAGCAUGUGAUCCUGAUCCUGUCGCAGGAGUUUGCGCUCUCCCAACACCCCCACAGCCGGAAAGGGGGACUCAUCGGCCUGGCUGCUUGCUCCAUCGCCCUGGGCAAGGACUCUGGGCUCUACCUGAAGGAGCUGAUUGAACCAGUGCUGACGUGUUUCAACGAUGCUGAUAGUCGGCUGCGGUACUAUGCUUGUGAGGCCCUCUAUAACAUUGUGAAGGUGGCCAGAGGCUCUAUUCUCCCACACUUCAAUGUGCUCUUUGAUGGCCUCAGCAAGCUGGCUGCUGAUCCUGACCCAAAUGUCAAAAGUGGCUCCGAGCUCCUGGAUCGACUUCUCAAGGACAUCGUGACAGAGAGUAACCAGUUUGACUUGGUGGGCUUCAUCCCGCUGCUGCGUGAGAGGAUUUACUCCAACAACCAAUACGCCCGUCAGUUCAUCAUAUCCUGGAUCCUGGUCUUAGAGUCCGUGCCUGACAUCAACCUUUUGGAUUACCUGCCAGAAAUCCUGGAUGGGCUCUUCCAGAUCCUGGGAGACAACAGUAAAGAGAUACGAAAAAUGUGUGAGGUGGCUCUUGGGGAGUUCCUCAAGGAGAUCAAGAAGAAUCCCUCUAGUGUCAAGUUUGCAGAAAUGGCCAAUAUUCUGGUGAUCCACUGCCAGGCUGCAGAUGACCUGAUCCAGCUGACUGCCAUGUGCUGGAUGAGGGAGUUCAUCCAGCUGGCUGGCCGAGUGAUGCUGCCUUAUUCCUCAGGGAUCCUGACUGCUGUCCUGCCGUGUCUCUCCUACGAUGAUCGCAAGAAGAACAUCAAAGAGGUGGCAAACGUGUGCAACCAGAGUCUGAUGAAGCUUGUCAUCCCAGAGGACGACGAAAUGGAUGAGACCAAGCAGUCAGUAACCCUGUCAGCAGAGCCCAACCUGGAGGAGCCCGUCUCCAAGCCAGAGGCAGCAUCCAGCGGCUCUCUGGAUGCUUCUGGUGACUCCAGUGUGAGCAAUGCCAGUGUCUGCACGGUAACCAGCUCUGAGAGAAUCCAGGUGACACUCAACCUGGAUGGAAUAGUUCAGGUGUUGGAUUGCCACCUGCAUGAUACAUCCAUUGGCAUGAUGACCAGAAUUGCAGUCCUGAAAUGGCUCUAUCACCUGUACAUCAAGACUCCUCGUAAGAUGUUCCGACACACCGACAGCCUCUUCCCCAUCUUGCUGCGGACCCUCUCAGAUGAGUCAGAUGAGGUUAUCCUCAAGGACCUGGAAGUGCUGGCUGAGAUUGCCUCUUCUCCAGCAGGACAGACAGAGGGAUAUGGCCCCUCCGAGGCUGCAGAGCCACGACCCAGCCAGGUGGAGCUCCACGUCCCCAUUCGGAACAGCCAGCUGAGCUCUUCAGGACCUAAAGGCUUGGAGUGCUCUCCCUCCACCCCCACCAUGAAUUCCUACUUCUACAAGUUCAUGAUCAACCUGCUCAAGAGGUUCAGCAGCGAGAGGAAACUCCUGGAGACGAGAGGAGCCUUCAUCAUCAGGCAGCUCUGUCUACUUCUGAAUGCAGAGAACAUCUUCCACUCCAUGGCGGACAUCCUGCUGCGGGAGGAGGACCUCAAGUUUGCCUCCACCAUGGUGCACACACUGAACACCAUCCUGCUCACCUCCUCUGAGCUCUUCCAGCUGAGGAACCAGCUGAAGGACCUGAGGACACCGGAGAGCCGCAACCUCUUCUGCUGCCUGUACCGCUCCUGGUGCCACAACCCAGUGACCACCGUGUCCCUCUGCUUCCUCACCCAGAACUACAAGCACGCCUACGACCUCAUCCAGAAGUUUGGGGACCUGGAGGUCACAGUGGAUUUCCUCACCGAGGUGGAUAAACUGGUGCAGCUCAUCGAGUGCCCCAUAUUCACAUACCUGCGCCUGCAGCUGCUGGACGUGAAGAACAACCCCUACCUGAUCAAGGCACUCUACGGGCUGCUGAUGCUGCUGCCCCAGAGCAGUGCCUUCCAGCUGCUGUCCCACCGCCUGCAGUGCGUCCCCAACCCCGAGCUCAUGCAGAGCGCGGACGGCAGCAGGACGAGCGCAAGCUCCCGCAGGCCGGCAUCCUCCACCAUCGACUACACGGAGCUGCUGCAGCACUUUGACAAGGUCCAGAGCAAACACCUGGAAGUGCGGCACCAGCGAGCGGGGCGGGCAGAGCAGCCGGAGCGACGCGUCGUGCUCUGAGCACGGGGACAAGGGAACACGGACCAGGGCCUGGGGACAGCGGAAACGCCGGUGCUUUUAGGGCAGAGGGUGCGGGGGUUUUCCUCCUCUGUGUCAGUGUGGGGACCCCAGGCUGUGCCCGGCGUCGUGCUUGGAAGCUGCGGAAGGAGGGAGCAGGGAAGGCACGGUGUCUUCUCUUGCAAUAGGGUGAGCAGACUUUGCUUCGCUAAUGCCUUCCCCGUGACCGUCAGCUGAGUGCCCGGCCUCCUGCCAGCAGGACCGGAGGGGAAGAAACGCAUGGGGAAGGGAAGGAGGGAGCAAAGUGGGUCCUCCCCACUGGGAAGGGAGCAGGGCAGCAUCCCGGCACCCCGAGCCCCUCUUUCUUAGCCAGAGGCUCAGCUUCAUCCCAGUGCCGGGCGGAGGAGAGCCCUCGCUCCGCGCAUCCCUUCUUUGUUCCUAUCCUAAGCUCCCUGCCAUCAAAUAAAAAGAACGAUGCAGAGCA